AGAUAUUUCAUCUCAGUUGUGAGAAGAAAAGCCCAAGAGGGACCGCUUCAAGAGCUCUGUGUCAGAAGAUAACGGUAUUUGAGGCCUGCCAUUUGAACGCCUGAAGGGAAAAUGUCCUCACCGUACCAAACGCUACAUGACAGUUACGUUUCAAACAAAAGGAGGAACUGUCGCACAAUAGCUCUGGCAGUAGCUUGUCUGACUGUUUUGGGUAUACUGCUUGCCAUCGCUGUGCUGGAGCGACCAAAAUUUCCCAGAAAUCAUGAAACACUUCCUGAGGAUGCCGAACCUGCUGAAGACGGUGUCUCUGUGGAUCAGUGCAGGAUGACCCUUGUAGAGAGCAUCCCUCUGCAUGUGAAAUAUGAGGACAACGUAACCUUUGGGAUGCCCCUGGAAAAAGCCUGGAAUGAUCUUCUAUCCAUGACAACUCAACAAAUAGAUGUGGCCUCUUUCUAUUGGACCCUAACCGGCCAAGAUAUCAAUGUUAACUCCUCCUCCGACCUACCCGGAAAGAGUCUCCUGAAGCAGUUUGAAGCUUUGCCCUCCAGGAAUGUGUCUGUGCGAGUAGUGACCAGCCUUCCCUCCUUCCGGACAAACUCCACAGACUUGAAAAUCCUGCGACAGAAAGGAGUUCAUGUAAGGAAGGUUAACUUUGGUCGACUGACAAAUGGCGUCCUCCACAGCAAGUUCUGGAUUGUAGACAGAAGACAUGUGUAUAUUGGGAGCGCCAACAUGGACUGGAGAGCUCUCACAGAGGUAAAGGAAUUAGGAGUGGUCAUAUACAACUGCUCCAGUCUGGCCAAGGACCUGCGCAAAAUUUUCCAGUCAUACUGGGUGAUGGGUCACCCCAACAGCUCUCUGCCCAAAAAAUGGCCUUCAAAGUUCGACACAGCCAUCAACCAACAUCAUCCUCUGGUGGUGAAGGCUCAUAACGUUUCCAGCAGAAUUUACCUCACAGCUUCGCCUCCCGCUUUCUGCCCACCUUCCCGGACCCAAGACCUGGAGGCAAUCCUCUCGGUUAUUUCAGGUGCUCAACGCUUUAUAAACGUGGCUGUCAUGGAUUACUUCCCCAGCACACAGUUUGAAAAGCCGAAAAGAUAUUGGCCAGCCAUUGAUGAUGCCAUUAGGAGGGCUGCAUUUGAGCAGCACAUUAAGAUCCGAAUGCUCAUCAGUUGCGGACGGGACUCUGACCCGGCCAUGCUGCCCUUCCUUGAGUCUCUGGCCUCAAUGCACUCCCCUGGUCAGAACAUCAGUAUUCAAAUUAAACUCUACAUUUUGCCUGCAGGAAACCGAUCCGACAUUCCACAUUCCAGGGUUAACCAUAAUAAAUUCAUGGUGACUGAUAAAGUAGCCUACGUUGGUACCUCUAACUGGUCAGCGGACUAUUUUUCAAACACAGCUGGGGUGGCUUUGGUGGUUUCCCAACACGCCCCUCGCCCAGUAUGGAAGACCGGGGCCCUGCAGGGUCAACUCCAGGCAGUGUUUGAAAGGGACUGGCACUCCCAGUUUACCGUGAACCUCGCUGACCUGGGCCACCAUCCUGACUGCGCGCUAUUAAAAGGAUAGCGAGUGCCCUCAUUAAAAGUUUUUCAUGAAUGAAUGUUUUGCUCAUACACUCCUGAACCAUAUCACAGCCAGAGCUACUGUAUCUACUACUACUACUACUACUACUACUACUUUCGGGUGCUCCUGUUAGGGGUCGCCACAGUGGAUCAUCCGUUUCCAUUUCUUCCUGUCCUCUGCAUCUUCCUCUGUCACACCAGCCACCUGCAUGUCCAUGCUCACCACAUCAAUAACAGUGGCGGCUAGCCAGUACAAGGAGCUGGGGUGCCACCCCCUUCAAAUAUCAAGAGAUGAAAAUCUACUUAUACAUGUUAAAUAUA